AUGGACUACGAGUCCUUCUCCCCGCCAGGCCCCAAGACCGAGCCCAGAUGGCCGGAGGAGGACCCCUUCUACCACGACUUCCGUCGCUCCCCGGACCGCAGGAGGAGGCGGUCGAGGAGCCCCGUCGGCAUAGACCGGUACCAGCCCGACAGGGAGAGAGACAGGGACAGGCGGGACCGCCAGGAGGACUACUACCAGCGUCGCCGUCUCCCCUCCCCCGGCGCCGCCAACAUAGACAGAUACAUCCCCGGCCAGCAGGACCCGGCCUCCACCAAGCCCGUCCUGCGCUCGAAUCCCAUCCCCGCCCCCCUCUCCCUCGACUACCAGGUCGGCUUCAACUACUACGCCGAGUGGUGGCGCACAGAGAACGCCGUCCGGGAGGAAAAGGACAGGGCGAAACACGGCACCCCUGCCGCUGCUGCUACCAGACGGGUCAAGGGCGAACGGGAGGCGCGCGAGGACAGGGAGCGUGAGCGCGCCCAGAUACAGACCGCGUACGAUGCCUACAAGGCCGACCUCCAGAUGAAGCUGGCCCGCCAGUUCGUGCAGACGCACCGGUCCGAGGAGUGGUUCAGGGAAAAGUACGUCGCCGACAUCAGGGAGCCCUUCCGGCGGCGGCUGGCCCAGUUCCGGUCCGCGGCCUACGAGCGCUGGUGCGGUGACCUGGCCGCCGGCGUCUUUGACGACUUCACCCUCGAAGGCAUCUACAAGAGCGAGAGCGACGGCGCCGGAGGCAUCGUCGAGAAGGAGGAGGGCGAGGUCACCGCCGUGGGGGAGACCCUCGGCGUGCUCGACCUGGUGCCCGCGCGUGGCGGCGACCUCAGGGACGACUCCAUCACCCAGCCCGCCUGCUCAUCAGACGCUCGCGUCAGUCGCGAGAAGAUCGAGGAGUUCAGCAGAGAGCACCUCGGCGACGCCGACGGCGGCUUCAAGUGGCUCAGCCUCAGCGACCCCAACCCGUCCAAAAAGUACCACCGCAUCGGCUGGAUCAUGCUGCAUCCCGCCAGCCCGCAGUCCUCCGCCGCCCUCGAGCGCGGUGACGGCCGCGAAGAGGAGUCCGAGAUGGACAACAUGGACGGCAGCAAGCCUGCCGCUGCUGCUGCUUCCACCGCCGAACGAGCGCUGGAUGCGGUCAACGGCAAGACCAUCCAGGAUCCCGUCAGGGGUGACUUCGUCUGCCACGUCGGCGUCCACGUCCCGCCCGCCAACCCCCGCAAAAAGGCCCUCUGGGACCUCUUCUCCGCCCCCGAACGCGUAGAGCGGGACCUCGAGCUGGCCAGGCGCGUCGUCGCCAAGCUGGACGCCGCCAUGGACGCCGCAGACGGCAUGACCAGGAUAGACGAGCGCGUGGAAGACCUCCGCGGCAAAGGCUGGCUCCAGCCCCCCGUCACCGGGCCCGUCAGGGUCAGACCCCACCCCAACGACGACCCCGAGGCCGACAUGAUCCUCCUCGACGACGACGGACAGGCCAAGACCGAAGAAGCCGCCGAAGAAGGCGAGGAACAGGACGCCGACGAGGCCGACACCGAAGACCUCCUCGCCAAGAAGAAAACCCUCGACCUGACCGUGGAGUACCUCCGCCGCGUCCACAACUUCUGCCUCUACUGCGUCUUCGAGUCCGACUCCGUCCACGAGCUCGUCCGCAAGUGCCCAGGCGGCCACCUCCGCCGCCCCCGCUCCGGCCUCUCCAGCCACGCAAAAUCAGCCGCCCGCGCCAGCGCGAUAGGCGCCCCUUACCCUUCCAAGAAGAAAGAAGCCGCCGCCGCCGCCGCCGCAGACGAUGAAGAGGAAGAGGGCGAGGCGCCCGCCUCCCCCGUCGAAGAGAAGAAACCCACCCGCUUCGCCUCCAAGAGCGAACAGCAGAUCUACCGCGCCUUCAACUGGGUGCGCACCUUCGAAGACAAGCUCAUGCAGAUCCUCGAGCCGGAAAACGUAGACCUCAAGAAGCUAGGCGGCAAGCCCGUCGACGAGGCCGUCGAAGACGAACUCGCCCGCUUCGUCAAGCAGGAGGACGAAUCCAAGUUCCGCUGCAAGGUCCCCGAAUGCACCAAGCUCUUCAAAGCGCACAACUUCUGGCGCAAGCACGUCGAGAAGCGCCACGAGGAAUGGUUCGCAGAGAUAAAACACGAGCUAUCACUGGUAAACGCCUACGCCCUCGACCCAGCACACAUAUCGCCCACCCGCUCCGACGCAGCCAGCAACGGCCACUUCCCCUUCCCGCCCGGCCACAUACCCGCCGGCACCCCGCGCGGCUUCAACUACACCAACAUGCCCUUCAUCGCCAACCCAGGCUCCAACGGCUUCAACGGCAUCCCCGUGCCCGGGCCCGUCCUCAACAUGCUCCCCAACGACCCCUCCGCCCUCCAUCACCCAGGCGUCAUCCGGCGCGGCGGAGGACGCUACGCGCAUCGCUCGGGGCCCUACGACCGUCGCCAGGGCGGUGCUCGCUACCCCCUCUCGUCAGGCCGCGUGUCGCCUGGCCGGUCCAUGUUUGGCCGUGUCUCGAUGUCUAUCCCCGCCGGUCACCCUGCCGCCGCUCUCAUGGGUGGGGGUGGUGCUGGUGCUGGUGCUGGUGGUGGGGCCCGAUGGGACGGCACCGGCGCGCAGGCCAUGGGGCCAAAGGAGGCGGUCCAGGGAAGAAGCCUGAAGAGCUACGAGGAUCUCGAUGCCGUCGGUGGCGCCGCGGGCGGAGAACUAAAUUAUUGA